CGCAGUAGGGAGGGGCGGAGCGUUCGCGCAGGCGCGGCAGCGCCGCCGUCUUCCGCUUUCGGCCGGGCCGCGUGAGGGCUCAGAGCGGCCUGGCUGUGUCGCGCCGGAGGGGACGAGGCUCCUGGCCCUGUCACACUGAGACAAACCCCACCUUAGACCUGACCUUCGGUUCUGCACCUUAAAACCACCCUUCAGUAUUUAAAUGUAGUCUGUCCUGCUGUUGCAAACAGUUCCUGCAGGAGCAGGAGGGGUGGAGGAUGGAUUCCCUGGAUCACAUGUUCACAGACCCCCUGGUGCUGGAGGGCAGCUGCACACGGAUCAUGGAGGAUUGCAUGCUGGGCACCACCCGGGUCAGUCUGCCCGAGGACCUCCUAGAGGAUCCUGAGAUUUUCUUUGAGGUUGUCAGCUUGUCAACAUGGCAGGAGGUCCUGACAGAUGAGCAGCAAGAGCACCUAAAGAAAUUCCUGCCUCACUUCCCCGAGAACAAUCGAGAGCAUCAGAACAAGCUCAUCUCAGCGCUGUUCAGGGAGAACUUUCGCUUUGGGAACCCUCUGCACAUUGCCCAGAAACUCUUCCGGGAUGGACACUUCAAUCCUGAGGUGGUGAAGUACCGGCAGCUCUGUUACAAGUCCCAGUACAAGCGCUACCUGAGUGCCCAGCAGCAGUACUUCUACAGGCUGCUCAAGCAGAUCCUCGCUUCCCGCAAUCACUUGCUGGAAUUAGCCAGGAAAGGAGGCCCUGACAUGACCCUAAGGAGAAAGCACUUCCCACUGACAUAUGACUCAGAAGAACGAGACAGACGGACACAUCGACGCUACUUGAAGAUCCUGAGGGAAGUGAAGGAGGAGUGUGGAGACACUACCUUGUCUUCUGAUGAAGAAGAUCUAAUCUCUUGGCCUCCAAGUUCUCCAGCACGUUGUUCAAGUCCACCAGUUCCCCUGAGAGUGAUCCCCACACUGUCAACCAUGGACAUGAAAACUGCAGACAAGAUAGAACUUGGGGAAAGCGAUUUAAAGCUGAUGUUGAAGAAACACCAUGAAAAACGAAAACGUCAGCCUGAUCACCCUGAUCUAGUCACAACAGACCUGACCCUUGAGGACAUCAUGACUCGAGUGAAUGCUGGCAGAAAAGGUUCCUUAGCAACCUUAUUUGACUUUGCGACCCUCAAGAAAAAGGUGAAGGAGAAGGAGGAUAAGAAAAAAAAGAAGCCGAAGAUUAUUAAAUCUGAGGCGGAAGAUUUGGCUGAUUCUCUUGGCAAUGCAGAUGGACUCCCAUCAAUGUCUCAGGAUUUCUCCCCCCUCCCUCUGUCAUCUGUCAAAGAGGAACCUUUUGAAGAUAUUAAACCAUGCCUUGAAAUAAAUGAAAUAUCAUCCAGCUUCUUUUUCCUUCUUUUGGAGAUACUGUUUCUGGAAGGACCUGCUACUCUCUCUGUGCUUGAAGAUAAAGUUCUCGAUUGGCAAUCUUCUCAUGCAAGUGCACUAAAUAACUGGUUCUCCUUUGCCCCUAAUUGGUCUGAAUUGGUUUUACCUGCCUUGCAGUAUUUGGCUGGUGACAGCAGAGAUGCUCCUUCCAGCUGCUCACCUUUUGUUGAAUUCAAGGAAAAAACUCAGCAGUGGAAAUUGCUUGGUAGUUACCAAGAUCAUGAGAAGGAACUGGCAGCACUGUUUCAUCUCUGGCUGGAGACCAAAGACCAGACUUUUUUCAAAGAAAAUGAAGACAGCUCAGAUGCCAUGCCACUGCCCAGAGUAAGGACUGACUAUGUAGUCCGGCCUAGCACUGGAGAGGAGAAACGGGUGUUUCAAGAACAGGAGCGUUACCGUUACAGCCAGCCCCACAAAGCCUUCACCUUCCGGAUGCACGGCUUUGAGUCAGUUGUUGGUCCUGUGAAGGGGGUGUUUGACAAGGAAACCUCCUUAAACAAAGCCCGGGAACAUUCUCUUCUGCGCUCGGACAGACCAGCAUAUGUGACUAUUUUGUCCCUUGUUCGUGAUGCUGCUGCUCGCCUUCCUAAUGGAGAGGGAACUCGAGCUGAAAUCUGUGAGCUGCUCAAAGAUUCCCAGUUCCUAGCUCCAGAUGUCACAAGUGCUCAGGUAAACACUGUUGUUAGUGGUGCUCUGGAUCGAUUGCAUUAUGAGAAAGAUCCCUGUGUGAAAUACGAUAUUGGGCGGAAGUUGUGGAUCUACCUGCACCGGGACAGGAGCGAGGAAGAGUUUGAACGGAUCCAUCACGCUCAAGCUGCUGCAGCAAAGGCCAAGAAAGCUCUUCAAAAGCCAAAACCUCCAGCUAAAAUGAAGUCAAGUAGCAAGGAGGGUGGUGUGAAAGCCCUCCCCACCAGCACAGCAGAGCCUAGUCAGCAGAGCCUCAGUGACUCCAGCAUGCCACCAACUCCUGUGACUCCUGUGACACCGACUGCACCUGCAUUGCCAGCAACAGCCAUCUCAUCCCCACCAGUGUCUGUGGUCAGCAAGAGUGUAUCUGGUGCUGGGUCAGAACCAGCAAAGCCCAGCCAGAGUGUUCUCCUGGUGUCUUCCCCCACCAUGCCCCAGCUGGGGACAUUACUGUCCCCAGCUCAGAGCUCCCAGGUGCAGCCAGGGCCAGCGCCCCCCCCGCGUGUGGUCAGUCACAGCAGCUCCUCAGGCCUGCCACAGGUCCGCAUGGUCACUGCCCAGUCCAGCCUCCCAGCCAUGUCCCAGCAAGCCCCCGUGGUCGCCCAGCAGCAGCAGCAGCAGCCCACAUCAGUGCCUCAAAUCCGUGUUCCAGCUACAGCCACGCAAACCAAAGUGCUCCCUCAGGCUGUGAUGACUCUGCCUGUAAAAGCUCAAAGUAGCCCUGUGCAAGUAACGAGAGCAGGAAGCUCCAUGGCCAGCCAGGCAGGUAUCACUGUGGCGGGGCUGCCUGCUGUGCCCAGCCCUGCUGUGAAGCCAGUGACCAGCUCUCCAGGCAGUUCUGCUGCCAGUACCUCCUCCACCACUGUCAUUCAGAAUGUAGCUGGCCAGAACAUCAUCAAGCAGGUGGCUAUUACAGGACAACUUGGCGUGAAGACCCAGGCUGGAAGUGGCAUCCCACUCACAGCGACCAAUUUUCGGAUCCAAGGGAAGGACGUGUUGCGCCUGCCCCCAUCCUCCAUCACCACGGACGCAAAGGGACAGACGGUGCUGCGCAUUACUCCAGACAUGAUGGCCACCCUGGCUAAGUCUCAAGUCACUACUGUCAAACUGACUCAGGACCUCUUCACAGCAGCUGCAGGAAGCAGUGCUGGUGGGAAAGGCAUCUCUGCAACUUUGCACAUGGCAUCCAACCCUAUCCAGACUGCUGAGUCUCCAGCCAAGACAAGCACAGUGACUCCUGCCUCUUCCAGCCCAGCCGGAGGCACCGUGGUUAAAGUGACUCCCGACUUAAAGACUACAGAGCCGACAAGCUCUGCUUUCCGCCUGAUGCCUGCCCUGGGUGUGACUGUGGCAGAUCAGAACAGCAAAGCCAUAACCACGGUGGCAUCCACGGAGGCCAAGCCAGCUGCCACGAUCAGAAUUGUGCAGGGGCUGGGGGUGAUACCUCCCAAAGCUGGGCAGACCAUCACUGUAGCCACCCAUACUAAGCAGGUGCCAUCAUCCUCGGCAAUGAGUGUUGCUGGCACAGGCCACACCUCCUUACCCACCGUGAGUGCCACAGUGUCCAAAGCAGUUGCUGUGGCCUCAGGAGCUGCAGGGACCCCCAUAACCAUCGGCACAGGAGCCACGGCUGUGCGGCAGGUGCCCGUCAGCACCACAGUGGUAUCUACAUCCCAGGCAGGCAAACUUCCAGCACGGAUCACAGUGCCCCUGUCAGUGAUCAGCCAGCCAGUGAAGGGCAAGAGCGUGGUCACUGCUCCCAUCAUCAAGGGCAAUCUCGGUGCCAACAUCAGUGGAUUAGGCAGAAAUAUCAUCCUGACUACAAUGCCAGCAGGGACUAAACUGAUUGCUGGGAACAAGCCCGUGAGUUUUCUGACUGCACAGCAACUACAGCAGCUGCAGCAGCAAGGCCAAGCCACACAGGUACGAAUUCAAACAGUUCCAGCCUCCCAUCUCCAGCAGGGAACAGUCUCUGGCUCUACUAAAGCUGUAUCCACUGUGGUUGUGACAACAGCUCCAUCUCCAAAGCAGACACAGGAUCAGCUGUGAACACUGGUUUGAACAUGGAUCACUUUCUUAAAACUACCCUGAGCCUGUUGUCAUCCUCCAUCUAAGCAACCACCUGAGGCUGCCUAACCCCAGCCAUGGCUUGGGAUUGGACUCAGUUCUGCCCUUGCUUCUCCAGGGUCAGCACUGCAAUGACUGGGUGGAAAUUCCACAGAAAAAAACAUGCUAGACCUGCAAAACAAAAUGUUUCAAUCCAGAUGUGUAAAUCCAUGUUCUUUGGAAUUAAUGAUUUAAGAAAUGUCUUCCCAUUCUUUGUUCUUUUUCCAUCCAAAGGACUUUUGGCUAAUACAGUUCCUGUGAAUUUUCAGUUGUAGACAAAGCAGUUAUCCUGGAUCUUCAUUAAGCAGGGAAGGUUGCUUGGAAGGGGUUAUUCAGUGGCUUUUCAAAGUCAUGGAGAAGAUGUCUCCUUUUACUGGCAUAUGCCUGUCACUGCUGUUACCUAGUGACUCAGGAUGGUGUCUUUGAUACUGGAGUUACUGUAUCUCACAUCCAUGUCAGGUUGCUGUCAAAGACAGGGUGAGAGUCAAGGUGGUUUUUUUCCUGUAACAGAGUGAGUGACUGUCUUGGUUUGAUUUGGGUUUGCCAGUCUUAAUAUAUUCAAUUUCUUUUAGAAAUAGGAUUUAGGAGCAAAGACAAGGCAGGCCUAAAACUUCAAAGGGUAUAUAGAAGAAAUUUAUUAAUAACACAGGAAAAAAAAAAAAAAUUCAGAAUAAGAUUUCCAGAUCAUUCCCUCCUCCCCCCUCCCUCAGCUUUCAUAUUUCUUAACAACAACGUACAGAGAACACUUCAGUCAGUUUUCCACUUAAAUAAUUAUUUCAGUUGACUUUAGAGAGAAAAGAUCCUUUUUUGGUUUAGGCAUAGAGGGUGUCUUCCUUUUCACAAUUUGCAUCCACCAGGGGAAAAUUUGCAAAUUGUGGAACUUCCUCCCAUCUUCACAGUCUUUCCAGAGCUGUGUUAUGGGUUAUGCCACACACAUGGGAUAUUACUUUUAAGGGAAAGCUGUUCAAAGACAAAAAUUAUUUUUAUCACUUUUUCUAUCAAAUGUCUCUGUCCAUCUUUCCAGUCUCCAGAACAGAGAGGGAAUGGGCCCUCAGAGCUAAGGAUCUUUUUCCUUACGCACUUCAACCCCUCCCUCCCCCAAGUAGUUUCCUACAAUUUAAAGGGAUUUCAGUGUAGUCCAGUCCCCCCAUAGUUCACAAAAAAGGUUUUUCAGCUAACUUAUCCGUAGCAUCUUUUCAGUCUCUUCCCAUCUGGAAACUUAGCUUUCACUUCACUGACUUCAGUGUACUUUUUGCUUUAUUCUUCUCAUUCCGGGGAGCUCAGGAGAUCUGCAGUCUCAUCCGAACAUUAGAAGGGUUCAAAUUGCAUCCAGAAGGUGAAGGGAGCUGGGCCAUGGUAUCCUGGAAACUGUGCCAGGGCUUUGGGGCUGCACGGGCUGUGUGGAAGAGGCUGGAUGAAAACUGCAAAGUCCAGCGAGCAGAUGCGGGAGGGAGCUCAGCUGGAGCAGAGCCCAGCGGCACUUCCCAAGCUGCGUGAGCAGCUGGGGGCUGCUUCUGCCCCUGGCCAUUUCUAAGGUGGCAGCAGGGCCCUGGCUGAGCUGUGGCCACGCUGGAGGAAACCAGGAUCUUAGCAGAUUUCCCUUUCCUCUGGCCAUCAGGGCCCCGAGCUGAAAGCAGGGGAGGCCUCGGUGAUUCCCCCAUCCCUGCCCAGCCAGGCCGCAUGGUGGGGGCGGUUGUUACCCACCUUCUUGACAGAAGUGAAAAGAGGGACAUUAACUUUACCAGUGUAAUUUAUGAAAGUGAAAUAACUUUUUAAUUGGUUUCCUGGGCUUUCAACCACCAAGUCAGCCCGAUUGGUCCCUUCAGCCCACAGAGGAAGCUCUACAGAGGAAACAGCUCUCCUGCAUUUCUGUGCCCCUGCUCCUCCUCUCAGGGGACAGCCCCGUGCAAAACCAGCACAGUGACCAUGGGAGAAAGGGAGAGGAGAUACAGAAAGUCACUGUGUGAAGGAGUCUGUCAGCAAAUGGGACUGUAGUGGAAAGGGAAAAGUUGAUGUUCACAAGAAAGAUCAUCUUUUAAUUUUCCUCAACAAAUAAACCUUUUUAUGAGUGGAAACAAACUGUACAUUGGUUUAAAAGGUUGGAAUAUGUUUUCAGAUACAUUCAAACUGUUGUCUCUUGGGUUCUGAAGAAAUAUUUUAACCCUGGCCCUUGGUUUUGGUUUUACUUUUGCAGUUUUAUCUGUUUAUGUAAAUCUUUUUUAAUUUUGCACAUACGGAGAUGAAUUUGUGACUGUUCUGACAUGACCUUGAAUCUGAAUGAGAUCAAAAGAUGUGUUGGACCAGAAAAAGAAUAAAAGUGUAGAAAACCUUA